CACUAAUACAAAAUGGGACUUCAUAUAAAACAGUCAACCAUACCAAUCUUAAUUCUUAGAAUUAUUGGCAAUUUAUUUUUUUUAGUUUUCUUUUUUAAUUCAAAUUGUAAUUUUUUUUUUUGCAAUUAGUGUUUUGCUGCUGCUAUUAUUAUAUUUUUGCUGAAGAAAUUAAAUAUAUUUAUCAUUACCUAAACAGAUUCUAGACUGUAUAUUAUUUACUUCAUUUUAUAAAUAGUCAUUUUUGGAACACUGCCAUUUGUGAAAACAAUAAUUUUAACAUAAGUAUUUUCAAUUAUAAAAAUAACAAUUAUAAAAGCACAGACCGACCGUUCACUCCUUUACACAUUCUUCUCUCGUUUAUCAAUUGGAAUUCAUAGUUAAGUAAACAGGUUAAGAUAUUUUUCAUUUUUGUAAGAAAGUAAUGUAUGUUGAAAGCACAACCGUUGUUGUUCUUUCCCCCCCUCUGAAUAUGCAUUAAUUAAAUGGUUAAAAAUACUGGUGCAUGGAAUUAUUGCACAUCACAGUACAGGCUGUUCCCGCACAUUAAGCGCAAAAUAAAAAGACUUUCUCAAUCUGCAGGUUAACACACAGGCUUGAGAUGUAAACUCUCUCGUGCAUCACAGCCACGACAAUUAAUGUGUCAAAUAUAAUCAGACCGCUAAAUAUAAAUAGCGCCAUAACAUUUUAAUAUUUCAGAAAUAAGCCUGGUGCCUCACCAGACUGUUCAAUAAAUUUAACUGACCCUGAACGCUCUAAUUGAUCAAUUAAAUCGUGAUUGUUUUAUUAAUAUACGGCCCCAAAACCAAAACGUAUAAAUUCGCCAAACCUCACCUGCAAACAUAUUUUGCUUAAAAGAAAUUCCCUAAAUGAUUGCAGUCUAUUUUUAAUUAAUCUGAUUAGGUGCACUAAAGUGAUAGAAAACAAAAUGGCGAAUUUAAAUGUUUUAUUAUCCGAAGACAUAAACACUUUAACGAGUCUGAACCCACCUACUGUUUCAUAUAUGAUUCAAUAUAGCAGACUAAAAAAAGCAGCAGAUAAAGUCCAAAGGAAAAGCAACGUAACGCAGAGAAAAUGCUGUUUUUUUUUCCCCUCUCUCCAAAUGCGUAGGUGUACUUCCGCUCCUCGAUAUACUACUACUACCUGUACUUUUUACUUGUAUAUAACACCCGAGGAUGAAUUUGUUUUCGAUAAACUGGAAAGCGGUGACGCAUCAGACAGCGAUUGGACAUCCUGGUUUCAACUCCUCCCUUAUAAUAAAGAGUGUGUGUGUGUGUGUCUCCCCUGUUGUAAAACACAGCAACACCGGGCGUCUGCGGCAGGAGGGCACACUCCACUCUGCGCAAUUACGCGGACUCCUAACUGGCACAGUGACCAGAGAAAAACCAAAAGGCGUUUUUUCGGCUACUGCACCUCGCAAGGUUGAAAUGGACUUUUAAUCAGGGCGUGCUGAUAAUUUAGGGGACUUGCUUCGAGCACUUCAAUGCAGUUUACGGUACAACAGCUGUGAAUGUUGUGAUAUGAUUAUUACGCAUGUGCUCUGAGCACAGCUUUGCAUAGUUGUCUUAUAAAUAGACAUUUUUUUUCUUUUUAAAUAGCUUUCUUUCUUCUCUAAAAUUGGCUCCCGUACAAACAGCCGCGUUGGAUCCCUCGGCUUAUUGCGAGACUCCGGUGUAUAACCCGGAUCUCUGCCCUAAUAUGAUAGCCGCCCAGGCAAAGUUGGUAUAUCACCUAAACAAAUACUACAACGAAAAAUGCCAGUCUCGAAAAGCAGCCAUCUCCAAGACCAUCCGGGAGGUGUGCAAGGUGGUUUCGGAUGUCCUGAAGGAGGUCGAGGUGCAGGAGCCCCGCUUCAUCAGCUCUCUCAGCGAGAUGGAUAAUCGUUUCGAGGGACUGGAGGUCAUUUCGCCCACCGAGUUCGAGGUUGUGCUCUAUCUGAAUCAGAUGGGAGUAUUCAACUUUGUGGACGACGGCUCUCUCCCGGGCUGCGCCGUGCUCAAACUCAGCGACGGCCGCAAGAGAAGCAUGUCUCUCUGGGUUGAAUUCAUCACAGCCUCUGGUUACCUCUCGGCGCGCAAGAUCCGGUCGAGAUUUCAGACACUGGUGGCGCAGGCAGUGGAUAAAUGCAGCUACAGAGAUGUUGUCAAAAUGGUCGCUGACACAAGUGAGGUGAAGUUGCGCAUUAGAGACAGAUAUGUGGUGCAAAUCACGCCGGCUUUCAAGUGCACUGGGAUCUGGCCGCGAAGUGCUGCGCAUUGGCCUCUCCCUCACAUCCCCUGGCCGGGACCUAACCGAGUGGCAGAAGUCAAAGCGGAAGGUUUCAAUCUUUUAUCCAAAGAGUGCUACUCGCUGAACGGCAAGCAGAGCUCAGCGGAGAGCGACGCCUGGGUCUUGCAGUUCGCCGAGGCCGAAAACCGGCUCCUCCUGGGUGGAUGCAGGAAGAAAUGCUUGUCAGUCCUCAAAGCGUUGCGCGACCGUCACCUCGAACUGCCCGGUCAGCCCCUCAACAACUACCACAUGAAAACUUUGGUUUCCUACGAGUGUGAGAAGCAUCCCAGGGAGUCAGACUGGGAUGAGAACUGCCUCGGCGACCGCUUGAACGGGAUACUAUUGCAGCUUAUUUCGUGUUUGCAAUGCAGAAGGUGCCCGCAUUAUUUCCUGCCCAAUUUAGACCUGUUUCAAGGAAAACCUCACUCUGCUCUAGAGAACGCAGCCAAACAGACUUGGCGACUGGCAAGAGAAAUACUGACCAACCCCAAAAGCUUGGAGAAACUCUGAGGUAAAACAAAAAAAUAUGUUAGUUAACCUCGUCUUAAAAUUUGUGGUAAAGAGGCCUAACGAGCUCAUAAACGGACACAAAAAUAUUGCCAAUGCAAAGUCUUGUGAAAUGUGGCUGUCCUCUGUUGUUGAAUAUGUUUUGGCCUAGCCUGUUUCAGGAUGAUUUUUUUUUUAAAUAACUGUUUAGUUUGCCAUUAUCCCCGUGCACCUUUUGGCGGUGUCAAUAUUUAGGAGCAAGUUUAAAUUAUUGGCCACCAUUAAACCAAGAGGCCACCUCAACAGUGGUUUCUUUUCUAUCCGUGCCACACGGUUGCCUAAAUCCAACAUUUCCCUUAAAUGCUUUAAAAUAAAGCCCCGUGACAAACUUUGGAAAAAAAAAUAAAAACACACACCUGUACAUUUUAUACUGUAAAUACAUUCAUACAUUGUGAUUCAAGUGGUCUGAAAUUGUGAAUGUUGUUCUGUGACACGUAAAUAGGAUCCACCUGUUAAAAUCGACUUCUGAACUCUUUUCUUUAUCUGGUAGAAACGUUAAUUAAUUUAUACUUGCAUCAGUGGUAGUCUGAUUCAUCUGUUUCAAUGGACAUUUUCUAAUUUUUGAAAGUUUACAUUUUGAUGGUAGGCGUACGACAUGUUACAAUGAAAACAUUCCAUCAAUUUACUUGAAUUAUUAUUUAAAGUACUCGAACUUUUUUUUUUUUUUUUGGUUGUUGUUUUUCUCUACCAUGCUUAGGCCUACAUGAUAAAAAAUGAAAAUGAUAACAUAUAUAUAGUAUAUAUAUAUUACAGUUUAAUUGAAAAAAAUGCACUUGAAAUACACUGGAUUAUAACAUCUGUGAUCUGAUUUUUUUAUUUCUGUCUUUGAUCUAAUUUAAAGAGCUAAUAAAACGAGCUGUUUUAUA